AUGCAGGCCGCAACGGGGAAAGGAGGACCGCGCAUCCGGCUGCUGGUGGUGCCCGUGUUGCGGGACCGAUGGGUCUUCAGCGUGCCGCACCACGCCGAAGCACUCGCCUCGCACGACACCUCCUCUCCUGUCUCAGGGUGGGGUCCCAAGGGGCUGCAGCGAAAGGGGGCCGAGUUGCUGGGCCGAGCCAAAGACUCGUUCGACCGGCUGCCGCGGGAAGGACUCAAGGGCCGGCUCAAGGCCGGAGUGGACGCGCUCAACCGACGCCUCGACCCUUCGGAGUCCAUGCUCAAGUGCCUCACUGCCGCUCACCGGACUGUAGCCCCGGCUGCUGACGAAGCGGUGCGUGCCACUCUGUCGCAGCUUGUGGCCGCGCGAACGAAGCGACACCAAAAUCUCGCGUAUGGCUCCACUGCCAUGCUUCCCGUGAGUCUGGCCAUGGGCCUGCUUCCCGGACCGAACGUGUUUCUCGCGUGGAACGUGUAUCGCCUGUACAGUCAUGUACAGGCCCUGCGUGGGGGCAAGCUGUUCCUGGACCUCAGCAGCAGAAAUCGCAUCUCGUACUCGCCCUCCCACGAGCUGGAGGAAAUCGAGCGGCACGAGGAGCCUCUGAGCCAAGCUCAGAUUGAGGAACUGAGCGCCACGUACGGCCUACGAACGCUGCUCGAGGACGUGGAGCGCCUCAGAAUCGUCGGCGUGGCACAACGGCAGGACAGUGGCAAGGAGCCAACGGGCAAAUAA